GACGGAGGGCGUUUAAAUUUGACCAAAUAAGCGUUACGUAAUAUUUGAACGGCAGAGCUGUCAACCGUAAAUGCUUCAAUGCGUGAGAUUCACCUUAAAGUUGUUGUCCAGAGCAGCAGGUACCUCGUCAGACAUGGACUCUGUGCCACUGGAAAUGGAUGAUAUUUUUGCUGAACAUGAAGAUGAGGACGACAAUUUCCCAGCCCCCCUCCCUGACCUACCGGAGGAGCUAGAACCCUUGGACAUGAGUCUAGAUGAUGUGAACCCUUCACAGGAUACCGAGAAUGCGGAGGUCUUGGCCAAACUGAAAGAUCUGUCGAAAGGUGCUGCACGGAGGGUGGUGAGACGGCCCAUUCCUAAGUUAGACUCUGCUCGACUGACUGGCGACAGAGGGAUUCCGAUUCUUCCUCAGGUCUUCAAGGAUAUCACUUUCAAAGGAAAGGGACAUGAGGCGGAAGAUUUGAAACUGAUCAUGGGCAAACUCGAACACUGGGCUCAUCGGCUCUUUCCGAAAAUGCCUUUUGACGAAGUCCUAGAGAAGAUUGAAAAACUGGGCUCCAAGAAAGACGUGCAGACAUGCAUUAAAAAAAUGCGAUUGGAUAUGCCUGUUUUGGACGAAGACUUUGUGACGCGAGAUGAAGAGAAUGACCUGGUUACAGAACCAGCCGACACUGGAGAAGUUGAGACCAAUGACCCACAAUCUGUCGGUAAAUUGGACCAAGAUGCCGAAGAAGCUUUUGACGAGAUGAUGCGUGAAAACGAAGAAGAAGAAACUAACAACAUCCCGUCUUCUCCGUACACUCCUAGACCCUCUUCUUCUCUAGUGUCCCCGUCAAUCACUCCUGGACACGGCUCAUCUGUAGUAUCCCCGUCAAUCACUCCUGGACACAGCUCAUCUGUAGUGACACCGUCAGCCACUCCCAGAAUCCAGGGCAUGCCUGUUACAGCAAGUGGAUCAACACCAAGCCACGGUUUAACACCUGACCAGAUGGAACGCAUCGAGAGGAAUCGAAGACUGGCCAUGGAGAAGAGAAACGCUCGCCUUCAUUCAGCAACAGGAACAAAAUCGGCACAACCAACAGUUUCUGGACACAAGUCUCCCGUCAAAGAUCAAACUCCAAGUAAGAAUGACGACACUGUUUCUACUGUAACAGUUCAUGAUAGCAAUGCAUCCAGUUCACAGGAAGAUACAUUCACAGACGUGACUUCAACAGCUUUACCUGUGAGCACAAGUUCAAAUUCUCCAGAUGAGGGCCAACAGGUAAUGAUGUCAAAGGUUAACGAGAAACGGAUACCUGCCAUUUCAACAUUGGCUGGUAGCUCCAGAGUGAAGCAAGUAGCUGAUGUUGACGAAGAGCUGGACAUUGAUGCUGAAGAAAAAAUGCAGGUAUCUGUUGGAGGCCAACAAGAACGAAUCUCGCAGAGUCAGGACAUUGAUGCUGAUAAGGAAAUGGAGGUUUCUGUUGAAGGCCAACAAGAACGAACCUCACAGAGUCAGGACAUUGAUGCUGCUAAGAAAAUGGACGUUUCUGUUGAAGGCCAACAAGAAUUGACCUUGCAAAUUCAGGACUUUGAUGCUUAUGAGGAAAUGCAGGUUUCUGUUGAAGACCAACAAGAACAGACAUCGCAGAGUCAGAAAGAUUUAACAUCAACAGCAAAAGUUUUGUUGGAAUCUCCAUCACAGGAACCAAACCUAGGAACAGAAUGUCACUCAGACAAAACAGUCACUGAUGGUGGUAGCCAGAGAGACAUAAAACUAACUGAAAACCAGAAUGAAUCAACUUCACCAGAUGAAAAGAAGGAAGUGACAGUAUCUAACGGGUCUAGUGAAUCCACACAAGAAGUUGAAGCUUGUGUGGAAACAUCAGGCGAAUGUCAGUCCAUGACUUCUACUGCUGAAAGUCACAAUAAAAACAAGACUGUAGAUGAAAUGCACCUGGAAAGAUCGAUCUCUGAAAGUGAAGAAAGAUCAGUAGAUGAAAAUCAACCAGAAACGUCUGUCAAUGAAUCAAUACCAGUAGGUCACGGCCAAAUGACUGUCCAUGAAGGUGAGAAUGGGUCGUUAACUGACUCUGUAGCCAGCAGUUAAAAUGAGUCGUCAUGGUGAUACCCUGAAGUAAAGACUGCUAAACAAGUCAACAAGAUGUCUGGAGGAAGGAUGAGGUGUCCAAUAUUCAGCAGGCAAUUGAAGAUAAAAGAAACACUGGAUGAGCUUUUGAUCAUUUAGAUCAUUGACCGAUCAAUUCAGUGGGAUAUAUUGAACCAUACACACACACACACAAUUAUAUAUAUAUCAAAAACAGUGUUCUGUAAAUAUCAUAAAAUAAUUUGAGGGUACAUAAUAAAAACAAAACAGAUCAUACGUGCCCAAGCUCAUAUGCCCUCUAGCGUUAUUCUGAUAUAUGUGAGAAAAACACUAGAUGACCGUGUGUAAUACUUCAGUAAUCCUUGACGACCAAAUGGUAGCCAGCUACUGUGUCUGAAAUACACAUUGUUUCCUAAAUCAGAAGCUGCAGACCUUUAGUUUGAUUAUUUAAAAUUGAGUCUCAGGCAGCAUUUGUUCUUCCGAAUUCACAAUGGACCCAUAAUUCCAAGCUCAAGUGCAUUUUGGUAACCAUAUUCAAUUUGGAAUUAUCUCAAAAUGGUUUUAUAAACAGCCGAUAACACUGGGUUUAUAAUUGUUUAUUAUAUCGCACAUCAUUUCUACCAGUCUGGAAAGCCACACAUUUAUAUUGCUGAUAUAUAAUAGUGAUUUCCCUAGAAAUUCGGCACUGCAUGGUAGACCAAACACUUUUGGGGCAUUUUCACCAUUUUUGGGGCACUUGUAUUUCACUAAAAAUACACAAAAAUUUAUUGAAAUAAACAUUAA